AUGACUGAGGAAAUCAGAAAUGAACAAAUUGCUUCGCCUCAAGGGUCCAGAAGGAAUAGCAACGAUGAUGAAGCAGAAAACGGGGUACAGGUAGCUAGAUCAAAUUUGGACAGGAUAUUUGACAUGAUAGAAAAGCAGCAGCAGGCGAUUACGCAGUUGCAAGAUAAAGAUAACAGAGCGAAUGGGUCAAAUAAAGACGACGAGAUACGCACAGAAGGUCAAGGUGAUGGAAAUGAUAGAGGUCUGGAGACAAGCGAAUCCUCAGUGGUUAUGAAAUUACUCCAGGAUCUCAGUAGCCGUAUGGAACAGAAUGAAAAAAAGUUGAAUAUUUUCAAUUCACAGGUAGAUCAGAUUCCUGGAGUGCCCCAGAUCUUGAAGGGACCCGAUUCCAAGAAGUAUGUUCAGUUGCCGUUCCCACCGAGUGCCGCUCCAAAGUUGAUCCCUAAAAGGUUUAAGAUGACAGAUCUUUCAAAAUAUGAUGAAACCAUGGAUCCACAAGAACAUGUGACGGAGUAUACGUGCGCAAUCAAGGGCAAUGAUAUGCAACGGGACGAAAUUGAGUCAGUUAUGCUCAAAACGUUUGAUGCGUUCAUCAAGGCUCAUGCUGGAGCGAAAAAAGUGCAAGCAAGGAAGGCCGAUAUAUUCAUAAUAGCCCAGAAAGAUGACGAGCUGUUGCGGGAGUUCGUGACAAGAUUUCAAAAGGAACAAAUGCUUCUUCUUGCAGUACCAGACGAAUGGGCGGCGGAAGCCUUUACUAAAGGUUUAAAUCCGAGAAGUUCUAGUGCCUCACUGAAAUUGAAGAAAAAUUUGUUGGAGUAUCCUACAGGAACAUGGGCGGAUGUGCAUAACCGGUAUGAGUCAAAGAUACGAGUAGAGAAUGAUCAGUCCAAGCUUUCGGCUGGGACUGUAGGAAGAGUCAAGGGACAUAAAAAAUCAAAAAGAGUAGCAGAUUCGGACUUGAAGGCAUUAAAAGACAGAUAUCAGCCUUAUGGAGCUUUGGAGCGGUUAAAUUGCCGAUCGGAGCGAAGGCAGAAUAAUCUAUAUUUCCCAUCUGUGAGAAGUAGUGGUGACAAGGGUUAUGGUCGCAGACCUUCAAGCAGAGGUUUACAAGAUAAAAAUGCCACUGGGACUUCCUUUGCUAAUAAUGUGGAAAGCCCCAGGUUGUCCGAAUAUAAUUUCAACAUAGAUGCAGCAGAGUUAGUGUUAGCAAUUGGGCGCAUGGAAGGUGCCAAAUUCCCAAAAGGUAUCCUAACAGAUUCUAAUCUAAGGGAUCGGAGGUUGAUAUGCGCAUACCAUCAAACGCAAGGCCAUCAGACUGAAGAUUGUCGUCAUUUGAGAGAUGAAAUAGCACGGCUAUUAAAGGAAGGACACUUGAGAGAAUUCUUAAGUGAUCGGUCCAAGGCAAAUUACGGCAAAAAUAAAGAUACAAAUAAACCUGUAGAACUAGUUAAUCGUCAACAUGUUAUUAACAUUUUUAUCGGAGGAAUAGACGUUGUAGAAACCACCAUCGUGGCUUCGAAGAAAACGAAGGUGUCGGUAAACCAAGAUAACAGAUCCAGGGAUUGCUUACGGAAUGAAGCAAUCACAUUUAAUCAUGAAGACGCAGAGGAUAUUGCUCAUCCACACAAUUUUGCGUUGGUAAUUUCUGUUAAAAUUAAUAAGUUUCUUGUUAAAUGUAUUUUGAUUGAUCCAGGUAGCUCGACCAAUAUAAUCCAAUGGAGAGUGUUAGAGCAAAUGGCUAUACUCGAUCAAAUUGUUCUGGCAGUUCGAGUUCUGAAUGGUUUUAAUAUGGCGAAUGAAACAACAAAAAGAGAAAUCAUCGUACCAGUUGAUGCAUCCAGAAUGGCCCGACUAACAAAUUUUUAUGUCAUAGACUAUGUGAUGAGGUACAAGGCGUUAUUUGGUAGACCAUGGAUACAUGAUAUGGAGGAUGUGCCAUCAACUUUGCAUGUGACACUAAAGUUUCCUACUCCGAAAGGGAUUAACGACAUUCGAGGAGAUCAACCAGCGGCUGAGGAAAUGUUUACGAUUGAGGGAACAUUGAAAAAAAAGAAAGACACGAAGAAUAAAGAAAUAUUUGCUAAAUAG